CCUGCGGAGGGCCCCGCAGCGGGCCGGGCUCGCGUGAUGGGGCUGCUCUUCGCCAAGCUGUGGAGCCUCUUCUGUAACCAAGAACACAAAGUAAUAAUAGUGGGAUUGGAUAAUGCAGGGAAAACCACCAUUCUCUAUCAAUUCUUAAUGAAUGAAGUGGUCCAUACCUCUCCAACUAUAGGAAGCAAUGUUGAGGAAAUAGUUGUGAAGAACACCCAUUUUCUUAUGUGGGAUAUUGGUGGUCAAGAGUCGCUGCGGUCAUCAUGGAAUACUUAUUACUCUAACACAGAGUUCAUCAUUCUGGUUGUUGAUAGCAUUGACAGAGAACGACUGGCUAUUACUAGAGAAGAGCUAUAUAGAAUGCUGGCUCAUGAGGAUUUACGGAAGGCUGCUGUUCUCAUCUUUGCAAAUAAGCAAGAUAUGAAGGGGUGUAUGACGGCAGCUGAAAUCUCUAAAUACCUCACCCUUAGUUCUAUUAAGGAUCAUCCAUGGCAUAUUCAGUCUUGCUGUGCUUUAACAGGAGAAGGGUUAUGCCAAGGCCUAGAAUGGAUGACUUCCCGAAUUGGUGUGAGCUAACUUUAUGUUCAAGAAGGACUGCUUCUAUUUAUUCUGUGGACAUGAACAUAUUUCCUGGUACUUUUGGCUGCUUAGGCAGCGGCAUGUUUAAUUUAUAACAACACAAACCUCUAUGAGCAACACUUGAAUCAAGUGCAGCCGAACUGGAACAUAAGAUUUUUCUUAACAUUUUAAAAAUGCACUAAUCCUCAGUUGGAUGAACGUAAUGUGUCUGUGUUUCAGCAACAGAGUUCUCCUGACUACUUAUCCUAAUGCAUUCGAGGAUGGCCUUGCCAGAAACAUUUGUCAUAAUGUUUUAUACUUUCUGUAACAUUGAAAACAUACUAUUUAUCUGAACCUAACAUGCCCAGUUCUUUUCAUUUAUUAAUUUUUAGGCAAAUGUUGAUCUGGAAGAGCACUAGAAAUCACAGACUAAUGUUUGCAUAUUUUGGGGGGGGUCUGAAGAUUAUCUCCUUUUCUAUAUUAUCCAUCCUUUGUGCACAGAAUUUUAACCCAAUGAAAAAUGUGUAUGAGUGAUAUCUGGAAUCCUAAGAGUUGUGACAGUUUACCUACCAAUGGGUAAAUAUCCUCACCUCAAUGCAUGUCAUAGAAGAAUUUGUUCAAUUCUUAGUAUGACUUUUUAAGGUUUCAUGUUCCUUAUUCUUGGCCUAUAGAAUUAUUAUUAAUUUUCUAUGUGUAUGACUUGGGGAAAGGGUAUAUAUAUGAUCUUACAGUUGGCCAAAAAACUGAAUCAGGAUGAAAGAUUAUUUGAGAGUGAAGGUUUGAUACAAAGUUUGGCAGCUCUUUCUGACAUUGCAUGUAUAAAUGCCACAUUAAUUAGUACACAUUUAUAUAGGAAGUCAUGAAAGCAUACCAGCACUAAAUUAAAACAGAUCACUUUAAAACAUGUUUUACUAUCAGAGACAGCCAUAUAAACAGCAACAUUUUCAAGUGUUCAGUGUACAAAGAGCAACAACACAGCUCUAAGUUGUAUAAUCUGGGCAAUAUUAUAGCCUAAGUGAAUAAAUAGGCCAUUUCAUAAUUGAUCAUAUAUAAAGUAUGUAUGUCUACAAUAAUAUGUCUACCACCAGCAGUACAUUACAUGGAAAGUAUAUGGCUUUUAAAAAACCUAUUUUGAGGUUUUUAUUAAAAUAGGUUUGAAACAAUUGCCAUGUGGGUAGUUGGCCUUCAUAUUCUAAAGCCUUAUUUUCUACUAUCCAAAUUCCAGGCAGCUGCUGAAAUUAAUGCAAGUGUUCAUCAGAUUGCUUUUAGAUACACAGUUAACAUGAUAACAUUUAUUAAUCACAUAAUGUUUAAAAAAAGGAAAAAAGUAACACCCCAUCAGUUGUCUGGUUUACUAAAGAGUGAUAAAAAUGAAAAGUUUUCAAGAAGUAGGUAUGAAAAUGUUUUGAAAAUGACACCAAAACACUAAGUUGAGGAGGGAGAAUAUAGAAUUUCAGUGUUACUUUUUUCAAGUUAUUUUUGCUCAACUAAAAAAGGCCAAAAUACAUACUUUUAUUAUUAAAGAACACCACUUUAAUUCAUCAGUAUUUAAUUUGUUUGGGUAAAAAAGAUUCAGUAUUCAUAAGAAUAUUAGGGUGGAUAUUCAAAACUGAUCUCUUAAAUUUGAAAUCCUUAAAUUUAAAAUUUAAGCCAGUUAUCCUUUUUUAUUGUUUUCAGUUGUCAUGACUUUCUUGUACUUAAACUGUAUUUAGUAAUGCUUUAUUGAUUUCCAUUUGGUGACAGCAUACACCAGAACUGAAAAUGUUCAAUGUGAAGGUUUUCACCCUUUAGGAAUCAAUUUUUAUUUUCAUCUAAUGUCUAAUUUUCUAAUUUGUGUGUUUUGAACCUUUUUCUUAGAAUUUUAUGCUUAGUAGUGGGAAAAAUGAUUUUUAGGAUAAUCAAAACCAUAAGAGGGAAGGAAAAGCAAACAAAUUGAUAUGCAUGCUUAUGGGGUGAAAUUGUAAAUACCAUUUCAGCAAAAGCACACCAUGCCUGUGGUUUUUUUUUCCUACUUUGGUUACAAUAUUUAUCUAAGUAAACAGUGGGAAAAGAAGUUUUUUUUCUUAAACUUUACAGCAUAUUCAGUACACCUAUAUCUAUUCUUAAAUGAAAAGUUGGUAUACUUAUUGCCUAAGAGAUAAUUGGCUGGCUUAACUUUCUGUCAAACUGUAAGAUUUAAAAUUUUAUCAGCUUUACAUUGAAAUGUUUGAAAUAGUUUAUUAUAUUUUGGUGAGCAUCUGCCCAUACUGAGUUGUCAUUUUUUUAGAAAUACAAUAUGGCUUUUAUUUUCUAGGUUCUAUUUUAAAAUGUUGUUUGCGGCUGGAAAUUGUUUCAUGUUAAUGGGGUAUUGAAAAUGACAAUUCUGUUAAGAUUCUGUGUCAACCUUUGGCAAAAGUUCAACUUUGAAAUUCAUUCAAAACUUUACAGAGUUAAAAUCUAAAUUAGAUAUUUUAUUUCACAGUAAUGUAAAAUUUAGUUAUCCUUUACUCCAAGAGAAUGUUUUGGCACAAAACUGUAGUAAGCAUACCAUUCACUGUAAUUCAUCAUUAGUCUCCAGCAUUUUAUUAUGAACCGGUGUAAUAGGAAGGAUGUGUCUUCAUAAUUGCUUAGUGCCUUGACUCAUAUUUUAGUCAAAUUAUAUUUUCAAAGAAAAACAGAUUUAAAGAUUGAUGACCACAUUAUGCUUUUUAGAGGUUGUACAGAGAAAAAAAUUUUUUGCAGUUAGCUUAACUCCCUUUAAUCUAAUAAAUGAACUGAUUUGAGUUUUACAUUCCUUUAGUACUCUUCCUGUAUUACUCUAAUGACACUUCUUACAAGCAGUGGAAAAGGGAAUUGAGAGUCUCACAAAAUCCAUGAAAGCAUGUUUAGUUUACUUAUAUUUUGUUUUCAGGUAGAGGAUGAAGAAAUAAAUACUUGACCAUGGAUUCAUAUAUGCUGUUAUAAAUGAUAAUUAAACUUCCUUCCUUAUACAUUUGAAGACUGGUUAGGAGUAGGGAUUUUUUUUUUUUGAAAAUCAUAUUUUCUAUCUUAAAACCUACAAUUCCUUAACAAAGGAAGGUCAUAUGAGGAGUCUUAGCAAUUAACUACCACUCUGACUGGUGGAAAAGUAUUUUUGACCCCUUUGUAGUCAUAAGGCAUAGUUUGCAUUCCAAAAUGUAACAUAACUCCUUUUAUAUCCAAAAUUAAAACACUUUUUAAUAAUA